AAGCAGAAGUUAGACUGGAGGACAAAAUUUUCUGAAGUUAUCCUGAGCCUCCCCUCUGAUGGUCACAUCUUGGUACAGUCCAAAGAAAUUUCAGGUUAAGAAACCAGGGACUGUUUGUUUGCAGUAUUGAUUUUGGAGAUUUUGUUUGCCUGACAGCUCAGGAGCAGAGACUAUAUAAGCCAGGCUGGACAAAGGACUAUGUUUUCAUCGGUGAAAUCUUUCAAAGAUCAGAAGUAUCAUGAACUCAAGCAGCAGUGCAUCAAACAAGGACGACUCUUUGAAGAUCCUGAGUUUCCAGCAUCGGACGAAUCCCUUUUCUACAACAGGUACCCCCCUGGAAGAGUGGAAUGGAAGCGGCCAAAGGAGCUCUGUGAAGACCCACACCUAUUUGUGAAUGGAAUCAGCGCCCAUGACUUGCACCAAGGGAAGCUGGGGAACUGCUGGUUUGUGGCAGCUUGCUCCUGCUUGGCUCUUCGGGAGAAUCUCUGGCAAAAGGUGAUUCCGAACUUUAAGGAACAAGAAUGGGAUUCAAAGAGACCCCAGAAAUAUGCUGGGAUUUUUCACUUCCAGUUCUGGUGUUUUGGACAGUGGACUGACGUGGUCAUAGAUGACAGAUUGCCAACAAUUAAUGGGGAGCUGAUCUACUGCCAUUCCAACGUGGAGAAUGAAUUCUGGAGCGCACUGCUGGAGAAAGCUUAUGCAAAGCUGGCUGAGUCUUAUGAAGCCCUGGAUGGAGGCACUGCCGCAGAGGCAAUUGUCGAUUUCACUGGAGCAGUGGCAGAAUCCAUAGACCUGGUAAAGGGCAAAUAUUGUGAGAAUAUUUCUGAGCAAAUGAAGCUGUUUGAAGAUUUGCUGAAAGUACAUAAAAGAGGCGGAUUAAUCAGCUGUUCCAUCACGACCUCAUCCCCCAGUGACACCGAGGUGGAGACAGAGAUGGGUCUGAUCAUAGGCCAUGCCUACUCGGUGACAGCAAUUCAGAAGGUGCGCCUCGGAGAAAGGCUCCUGUUCUCUUUUAAGUCAGAAAAGCUCUUCAUGAUCAGAAUGAGGAAUCCAUGGGGAAAGAAGGAGUGGAACGGUGCAUGGAGUGACCAGUCCGAAGAAUGGAAGAAAGUGAGUGACUCAGAGCGUAAGAGCUUGGGACUCACUGUUCAAAAUGAUGGCGAGUUCUGGAGAACAAAAUUGGAGCCAGAACAGCGGCUCUCACUAUUUAUCGCUCCUCAGUAUGUCUUCGACGUCAAGAAGGCUGAGGACAAAGUGCUGAUUUCACUACAGCAACAGGAUCAGCGCAUUUACAAGAAAGAUGGGAAAGGGGACAACUUCCCUAUUGGCUUUGAAAUAUUCAAGGUGGAGCUUAACAGAGACUAUCGGAUACACAAGCUGCAAAUACAAGAAAGAGUGGCAACCUCCAUUUAUGUCAAUACACGCACUGUGUUCCUGAGGAAGCUCCUUGCACGGGGUCGCUAUGUUCUUAUUCCAACAACGCACUAUCCUGGUAUCGUCACUGCAUUUAUCCUGAGGCUCUUUACAGAUGUGCCAUCAAAACUCAGGGAGCUGAAGCUAGAUAAGCCUAAACAGACAUGCUGGAGCAUUCUGUGUGGUUACUCUCACAUGGUCACCGAAAUUAAAAUUCACUCCGCAGAAGGUCUACAGAGGCAAGACAGAUCAGGUGGGGCAGAUCCCUACCUGAUUAUCAAGUGUGAGAAUCAAAAAGUUCGCUCUGCUGUCCAGCAAGACACCGUCAGUGCUAUUUUUGACACACAAGCACUUUUCUACAGAAAGAACAUCAAGCGUCCCAUAAUUGUCCAGGUCUGGAAUAGCAACGUCUUGUGUGACCAGUUCCUUGGACAAGUGCUGCUGGCAGCACACCCCGGUGACCCCAGAGAACCACAGACUCUCCAGCUCCGCGGAAAAGGUGGCCGAGAAGCAGACGAAAUGCCAGGUAACCUUACCGUCAAGGUUGUUUCCAGUGACGACCUCAUGGAGCUAUGAAUACCAGAGCCCUGCAGACCCAGACAAAGCUGUCGCCUUGGAGCAAGAAUGCUUGUCUGUGCUUUCAGUGUGAACGACUCGGGAGCAAAGGUUUCCAUAACACUCUCUCUUGCUCGGUCUGACCAUGGGGGGGAUGUGUGCAGGGGAGGGGUGAGGUGGUUUUUUGUUUGUUUGUUUUUUAAACGAAAAAAUAUAUAAUGCAGCAACUAUGGCAGGAGAUGGGCCACUCUAAAAUUCAGUGACAACACUCACUACCAAACAGCCACCUCCCCAUCGGUUCCAGCUGGGGGUGACAUUGCAGUAGAUUGAGGUGCACAAUCCUACAGCGCAGUAUUUUUGUUGUUGUCUAUUUCAGGACAACAGGAGCAGCGCCAGGCAGGAAAGGUGGUGAUGUCCAUGGGGCACAGGUGGGGGGGAUGGAGUGCAGGAGCUGGCCCCAUGACUAAAUCCAUGCCCAGCCUUUGAAAUAUUUACCAGCAUCCUGCUGCUUGUGAGGGAUUUGUCUGGGCUGCGGUUGGUUAAAAUGAGUUAUUUUCGUUUAAUCCUACAAUAAUUUGUAUUAACAGCACUAUUUCAUACAUGACUAUGCCUCAGCCAAAACAUCAUUCCUAGAACAAUUGGAGCAGUCAUUCAAAAUGCAUAGGAGUGGGAACCUGGUGGGGGAAAAAAAUCCCAAUGUUAAAAUGAUAGACCCAAAUCCUGCAGUCCUUACUCAGACAUUGUAGCCAAUGGGAGUUUUGCCUUCAUAAGGGCUGCUGGAUUAGACCCCAUAUUCCCUUUUCCUGAGCCAGCUGAGCUCACAAGGGCAGGUUUCUGACCGCAGGAAGACACCUGGAAAUUCAGCAGUGGCUUGGAUCUAGUACAGACUUAGUAAUGAGAUCCUGUUUGCAGAGCAGCAAUGCUCUAAUAAAUGAGAUGCUUUAAGAGAGGAAUAUCAUUGUUAUUAAACAUGCAAUUCACAUCACCCACACAAAUGAGGAGAUGCAUGAUGACAAAUUGAAUUGAGGAGGACACAAUCCUCCCAGCUGCUGGGAAGGAUAUGAAUGAAAGGCAAAGUCAUUGGGGGUUGGUUACUUGAUUUCAUUCCCCUGAGUUUUGAAUACACGGAGCACUAGUAAAACCGUGUGUCAACCAAAUAUAAUGCAGGGCAGGCACUGACUAAGUUUUCCCACAGAGCAACCCAAGGCACACGCUUCCUUUCAACCUGUCCUUACAGCACAAUGGUGGGGUUCCCCAGAGCAGAAUCAAGCCAUAUUGUCAAACUGUCGCGAUUCCAGGUGUAGAAUAAUUUCACAAUGAAAUCCCAACCCUCAAUCUUUGACUUCUUUUAUAGCUGUUGCAAAUUCAGAUCUUGAGCAUGACGCUCAGUUUCAGGUUGCGUUUUCAGA